AAGUACACGGAUCCUCUUCCGGCCUGAUAAUCUAGGCUGCGAGCGUGGAUUUUUGUCUGUGCUCUUAAAAACACUUUAAAAAUGAGCGUACCGGCGUUUAUUGACAUAACGGAGGAGGACCAGGCAUCAGAGCUUCGGUCUUACCUGAAAUCUAAAGGAGCGGAGAUCUCGGAGGAGAAUUCAGAAGGAGGUCUUCAUGUUGAUCUGGCACAGAUUAUUGAAGCCUGCGAUGUCUGUCUCAAAGACGAUGACAAAGAUGUGGAGAGUGUGAUGAACAGCAUUGUGUCUCUACUGCUGAUUCUGGAGACGGAGAAGCAGGAGGCUCUGAUCGAGAGUUUAUGCGAGAAGCUGGUGAAGUUUCGAGAGGGUGAACGACCCUCGCUCCGGAUGCAGCUUUUGAGUAAUCUGUUCCAUGGUAUGGAUGAGAACACUCCAGUGAGAUACACCGUCUACUGCAGUCUGAUUAAAGUGGCGGCAACCUGCAACGCCAUCGCCUUCAUGCCUACAGACCUGGACCAGGUGAGGAAGUGGAUCAUUGACUGGAAUCUGAACACAGAGAAGAAACACACUCUUCUUCGUCUGGUGUAUGAAGCACUGGUCGACUGCAAGAAGAGUGAAUCUGCAGCCAAAGUAAUGGUGGAGUUACUGGGCAGUUAUACAGAAGACAACGCUUCACAGGCCCGAGUGGACGCACACAGAUGUAUCGUUCGUGCGCUGAAAGACCCAAACACCUAUCUGUUCGACCAUCUCCUGACUCUCAAACCAGUGCGCUUCCUAGAAGGAGAGCUCAUCCAUGAUCUCCUGACUAUAUUUGUCAGCGCAAAGCUCAUAUCGUAUGUGAAGUUUUACCAGAGCAACAAAGACUUCAUCGAGUCUCUUGGUCUGUCUCAUGAGCAGAACAUGUCAAAAAUGAGGCUGCUGACAUUCAUGGGGAUGGCGGUGGAGAUGAAGGAGAUCUCCUUCGACACCAUGCAGCAGGAGCUCCAGAUCGGGGCUGAAGACGUGGAGGCCUUCGUCAUUGACGCUGUUCGGACCAAAAUGGUCUAUUCCAAGAUUGACCAGACACAGCGGAAGGUUGUGGUCAUCCACAGCACACACCGCACCUUUGGCAAACAGCAGUGGCAGCAGCUUUAUGACACACUGUGCUCCUGGAAGCAGAAUCUGUCCACGGUGAAGAGCAGCCUCCAGACACUCUCUCCCACCGCCUGACAGCGCUCUGUCAGUUUUUAUACACAUUCAAUAAAAGACUCAUGAAGACCA